AUGGAACCUGCUGCAAAAGACCCAUAUCUACAAUAUAGUGAAUUGCUAAUUAAAGCAUUCGAAAAAAUUUAGAAACAACUGCCCAAGAAAUAUAAGGAGCUCAAGGACCUCUGCAUAGAGGCUACUGAGAAAGUAAAGCAAGAUAAAGAGGGACCGUACAAUGCUAAUAAGUACUUCUAUAUACUGAAGAUGGCCCUUGACACGAAAAUCACGAAAAUCAUUGAUCCUAUUCUUUACAUAAUCCAAAAAUUGAUUUCUUAUGAGUUUUUGGACGGAAACUGCGAGGAUAACUGUAUUUAUCUUGAAGAUCAGAAACCACCAGCUCGUAAUGGCAAGCUACCUAGGAAAUUGAUAGAUGCCAUUGUUGAGUCACUAUGCAAUUGUGCAACUGAUAAAGAUAGCCACGUCUAAUUGCAACUUAUCAAAACAUUACUUUGUGUUGUUCUCACAUUUAACUGUAAAGUACACGAAAAAUCCCUGUUUGAAAUAUUCAGAGCCUGCUAUUAAAUUCAUAUCACAACCACUUAUGCGAUCAAUUAGAAUACUGCCAAAGCAUCAUUGACAUAGAUGAUUAAUAGUGUCUUUGAGAGAAUGGAAGCAUGUUCAGGUAACUUUGGCAUUGCACUCAGUAAACUUCAACAAAGAAAUUCUUUCAUUCAUCAUAAGACUAACAGUAGUACUGAUGAUGGCGACUUGAGUGUGAAGCAUUCCGAAAAGUCAUUAAAAUUGAAGAAGGGUAUAUCAUUAGAAGAAGAAAAGAUCAGUUAAGAGCUAUCUCAAAAGACUGAGGGAAUACCUUCAAAUAAUUAACACAAUACAUCAGGGCAAGGUUCAACUAAUAACAACAUUCUGAUAAAUUUCUCUGCUUACGAUUAAUAUAUUUUCUAAGUAGUACAAAAUAUGGUUGAUGAUGUAUGCCUCUUUGAUGCAAGGCAAGAUCUCGUUUCCAAUAAAUACUUAUCUUAACUAACUACUCUUGGUAAUAGUGCCGAUUUGGAAGAGAAAUAAGCCCUAGAGGAAAUGAUGUAGAAUGAAUUGAAGUCUGUUCAAUUAAGAUCUGUUCCCCUUAAAGUCUCAAAGGAAGACGGCACCAAAACUAAGAAGUAAAUCUAAGUUGACAUCAAGAAUGAACAUGGAAUUCCAGCUGGAAAAUUUGGAUGGUGUAUUGUUUGUAGAAAUGCUGCCAAUCUUUAUUGUAAAGAUACCAGACAUCCUGUUUGCUCAUUUGAAUGCAAAUAGAAACACGUAAACCUAAUUGAUUCUAUGGAAGCCCCAAAGAUAGAAGGUUUCCCAAAUUUUCAUAACAUUGAGGAAGCAAGAAUCAGGUUUACUGAUGCUCUAACAAUUUUUAAAAGUAUUUGCAAACUAUGCAUUAAAGAGAUUCCAAAUCAAAAUAUCAAUACUCUAUUAAUGAGACAGAAACUACUUGGACUAGAAUUGAUUUUGGCAGUAGUGUAGAAGCCUGGUACAACCUUUUUAAACAGAAAAGAAUUUAUUGAUAUCAUUAAAGACAAUCUCUUUGAAAGUUUAUUGAAAUACAGUGUUUCAAAUGAAAAGACCAUCUUUUCAGCUUCACUGUCCAUAUUCUAUUGUCUAUUCCUUCAUUUCAGAGAACAUCUUAAAUAAGAGAUAGUCGUCUUCAUUGACUAGAUUUUCCUCAGAAUUCUAGACUCAGGAAAUUCAAAUUAUCACCAUAAAUAUCUUAUUUUGACUGUAUUUGACAAGAUCAGUUAAAACACCAAGCACUAGCUGGAGAUUUUUAUUAACUAUGAUUGUGACUUCAAAUAAAAGAAUAUAUUCGAGAGAAUUAUAGACUCCCUGUCAAAAAUUGCACAAGGUAAAUUCUAAAAAACAGAGCAUUCAAACAUUAUCACUGCUUAAGAGGAGUACUCAUUGAGAUUAUAUGCCUUAUAAAUUCUUGUUUAAAAUCUCAGAAAUAUCAAUAAGACUAUAGAGGCUGAGAUAGCUGAAACCAAAUUAGCUUAAAGAGAAGUAACUCACUCAAAUAAGAGGGAGUCUUCAGUAGAUAACCACUCAGAUGAGGAAGAGAUAAAGGAAGAUGAAAAGAAAUCUAAUACUCUUGAUAACUUGGAAAAGACAAGAUAAGUUAAAAAUGAAUUGCUAAGAGCUUCAAUUAAAUUUAACUUCAAACCCAAAAAUGGAAUCAACUAUCUUAUUUCAAAGCAACUAAUAGUCAAGGAACCUGUAGAAUAAUAAAUUACAGAUAUAGUUUCAUUCCUCAAAACUACUUCUACUUUAGAUAAAACUGCUAUAGGCGAAUACUUAGGUGAGGAUGUUGAGAUUAACAAGAAGGUUCUUUAUGAAUAUAUCAAUCAAUUCUUCUUCGAAGAUGUUCCAUUUGUGGACGCGAUUAGGAAAAUGCUUUCAGGAUUCAGAUUGCCAGGUGAAGGCCAAAAAGUCGACAGAAUUAUGGAAAUCUUUGGUGAAAAGUAUUGUAAAGAUAAUCAUGAUGCUUUUGGAAAUGCUGAGUGUAUUUAUAUCUUAGCUUAUGCAACAAUGAUGCUGCAAACAAGUAUCCAUAAUCCAUAGGCAAGCAAAGAAAAAAUGACUUUGGAAGAUUACAUAAAAAUGACAAAGGGUAUAAAUGGUGGCAAAGAUUUAGACAGAGACUUCUUAACAGACAUUUAUGUUAAGGUAGAAUAAGAGCCAUUCACUUUGGCUGAAGAUGAGGAUGCAAAACUUAAAAUUCUCGGUGCCUAAGCUAACUCAUACAAAAUUAAGCAACAUCUUUACACAUAAGAAGCUCAAGGAAUAAUAAAAAGAAGUGCUGAGAUUAUUAAGUAGAAAUCUACCAACGAUUAAUUUAUCUUGGUUAAUGAUACUGAUCCAAUAAAGCCAAUGUUUGAAACAACUUGGAGUGCCAAUCUUGCUGUAUUCUCUGUGCUUUUGGAAGAAUCAGACGAUAUCAAGAUCACAGAAUUAUGCAUUGAAGGGUUUACUCAUGCCAUCAAAAUUUCUGGCUAUUAUAACAUGAACACUGAAAGAGAUGCCUUUGUUUCAUCCUUAUCUAAAUUUACUUAGGUUUCAGCCAUCAAAGAAAUUAAAGAGAAGAAUAUUGAAUGCAUCAGAGCUUUACUUAAUCUAGCCACUUAUGAAGGUAAUUAUUUAAAGAACAGUUGGUUCUAUGUUCUUGAUUGCAUUUCAAAAAUUGAUUAUAUGCAUGUUUUGGGAACAGGAGCUAGAAAAGACUCAGAAUUCUUCAAAGCUACUGUUAAGAAUGCUAAAAAUGUUUAAUUAUAGAAGAGAUUAGAAAGAGAAUAAACUAUGAUCCAAAAUUCUGAGUUAAUUGUUUAAAAUAUCGAUUUAAACAAGAUUGAUCUGAUUAUUCAAAGAAGUGUUAAUCUUGAUUCUGAAGCCAUUAUAGAUUUUAUAAAAAAUCUUUGCGCAAUCUCUAAGGAAGAACUAAAUGAUUUUGAAAAUCCUAGAAAGUUUUCACUAUAGAGAUUAGUUGAAGUGGCUGACUUUAACAUGGGAAGAAUUCGUUUUGUUUGGAGCAAGAUAUGGAGUGCCUUGAGUGAACAUUUCAGCAUUGUUGGUUCUCAUAGCAAUUUGAAUGUCGCUCUCUAUGCCAUAGAUUCCCUAAGACAAUUAGCUGAUAAAUUCUUAUUAAAAGAUGAAUUCGGCCACUAUAAUUUCUAAAAAGACUUUCUUAAGCCAUUUGAGACUAUAAUGCUUCAUAAUCUGCAUACAAGACUAGAGAUCAAGGAAUUUAUUGUUAUGGCUGUUGCAAAUAUGUGCAGAGCAAGAGCAAGAUGUAUCAAGUCAGGAUGGAUUGUGAUAAUCAAUAUCUUUACUCUAGCUGCCUAAGAUUCAGAAGAACACCUUGUUACGGAAUCAUUUGAAGCUUUAAAAUUAGCUGUGAAAACUCAAUUCGGUUAACUUGAGGACAACUUUGUGGAACUUGUUAACUGUCUAAAUAAAUAUACCAAGAAUAUAUAUCACAAAUAAUCUUUAGAAGCACUAGAGCUAUUGCUUGAAUGUGCAAAAAAUCUGUCGUAGAAAAAAGAAAUUAUACAAAACUUUAUUAAGCUUAAUGGAAUUAACUUCUAUCAAAGAGAUAGAGAUAACAUGCAAAGAUAUCCCCAACAUUAUGGAAUUCAAAAGUAAUCUCCACUUAAGGAAGACCUAAAAUCAUCUAGAUCUAAUAGUAAUAAUUAAUACAUUGCUGGUGAUAUCGACUAACCAGAUGAAUCAAGAAUAAGACACAGUGUUUAAAAAGGACUUUGGUUCCCAAUUCUUACUAAUCUAACUAAUCUUAUUAUGGAAAAAAGAAGAGAUAUUCAAGAUUAGGCAUUUACUGUCUUAUUUAAAAUACUUAAUGAUUAUAAUCAAGAUUUCACUCUCGACUUCUGGAAGGAAAUUCUAAAUUAAAUUAUCUUACCACUUUUGGAAGACAUUCAUCUAGCUGUAGAAAUUCCAAACAAAAAGUAAAAUUAAUCAUUUUCAUAUUUCUUUAGCACUGAUAGUGAGUUCUUCAAGGAGACCAUUAAGGACUUAUUAGAAAGGAUGAAUCAGUUUAUGAUUCAGCAUAUUGAUACUCUAAGAUAACUUAUUCCAGAUUACAUUGAUAAACAUAUUGCCUCAGUUGUGAUAAAUCAGUUUAAGUAAUUCAUACUUUAAGUUGGCAAGAGUAUUUCACCAAAUCAAUGGAACUCAUAUGUUAUUUCGCUACAAAAUUUGUUUGAAGCCACAAUUCCAGUAAGCUUGAUCGAGGAAAAAGAGAGAUUCUAAGAAAGCCAGCAGCACUCUGAUGGGAGAUAAUAGAUAGUUGUCAAGGGAAGACCAUCUAAUCUCUCUGAAUCAAGCUCUAAAUAAGGCACAGAACUACCAUUUAAUCAAGAUGCUUGCUUCACUAAAUGCAUCGUCUAACUUCUGCUCAUAAACACAGUUGCUGACACUGUUGACAAAUUCUAUGAUUAAUUGUCACUUCAUAAUUUGUACAUACUACUAGAAUGCCUUGACAAAUCUUAUAAAUUUGCAAAAGAGUUUAACCAAGAACUUGGUUUGAGAUUGAAACUUUGGAAUGAAGGUUUUAUGGCUGAUCUUAAACAACUACCUGGCUUAACUGCUUAGGAAAGAGAAAGCAUUUCAACCUAUCUAUCAAUCCUUUUCAAAAUGUACUUUAACCCCAAAGAUGGCUAGAAUGUCGAGUCUAACUCUAAAAAGCUCUUUGAAUUAUGUUCAAAAGUACUUAAAGACUAUUGCCUAUAGCAAAGUGAGCUUAUUACUAUCAACAAUAGCAAGCAGGAGGAAAGCAAUAAAAACGUCGCUGAUGUUGAAGACGAUAUAGAGAAUGAAGGUGAGGAGAAAUAGUUGUCACUAAGCAACUUGCAUGAGAAUGAGUUAGAAAGACAGCUCUAAAAUAUCACACCCAUUGUUUCUAAUAUUAUCUUGGCAAAUCUACUUAAGCUCUCUGAGGAUGAUUUAAGAAAGCAUGUUAAGGAAAUAGGACCUCUACUUAUUGAUUUAACAUUAUGCAAUAACUAUGAGAUCAGAGUGGCAAACAAGGAAUUACUUAGCAGAAUAUUUGAAUAUUUAGUCCAGAAACUUCACUGA